CGCUCACCACCUAAUUACUAAAGGCUGGCUGUCUGAGAUGCACCACUUACCACCUGCCACCAUCAGUCUUCUGUCCGGCUCGCAGGUCAUUACGUCCGUGGUCAGCGUGGUGAAGGAACUGGUGGAGAAUGCCCUGGACGCCUCCGCUACCAGCAUUGAGGUUAAACUGGACAAUUUCGGAUUUGACAAGAUUGAGGUGCGAGAUAAUGGGACUGGCAUUAAAACUGCGGACGCGCCCGUCAUGGCGAUCAAGCACUACACCUCUAAAAUUACCUGCCACGAGGACAUGGAGACCAUAGAGACGUAUGGGUUUCGCGGCGAGGCCUUGGGUUCCAUCUGUUCUGUAGCGGAGGUACAUAUCACAACGAAGACGGCCGACGAUGAGAUCAGCACCGUGUAUGCUUUGGACAGCAACGGGCGUGUUGUGUCUCAGAAGCCGUCACACCUAGGACACGGCACCACCGUCUCUGUCAUUAAACUGUUCCGGAACUUGCCGGUAAGAAAACAGUAUUAUUCCACCAGCAAGAAGUGCAGAGAAGAGCUGAGGAAGAUCCAGGACCUGCUAAUGGCCUAUGGGCUUAUUCAGCCGCACGUGAGGAUUGUGCUAAUACACAAUAAGGUGACACUCUGGCAAAAGUCCAAAGUCUCCGAUCACAAAACGGCCUUCAUGUCAGUCCUGGGAGUCGCCAUUGCAAACAAUAUGGUUCCUUUCCAACACCAAUGUGAUGAUCCAGAGAUCUCUAUGGAUGGCUACCUCCCAAAGCCGGGCGCUGACCGCACACUAACCAGUCUUUCCAGCCCAGAAAGGAGCUUCAUCUUUGUGAACCAGCGUCCCGUUCAUCACAAAGAUAUAUUGAAGAUGGUUCGACUGUAUUAUAAUAAAGGUUCGGAUUCGGCCCGUUGCUAUCCGGUAUUUUUCAUGAAUAUCGUCGUGCCAGCCUCUUGCUUAGAUGUCAACCUGACACCGGAUAAAUCUCAAGUGAUGCUGCUUAUAAAGGACGCUGUCCUGGAAGCUGUUGAGAGUGUCCUGAGAUCUGUGUAUCCUGAGCCGGUAAUCCUGACCAAAGUCAAGGCAGAUGUACCAUUCAGAGAUAUUCCGGAACUUGCAAGUACAGAUCAGGGCAAAAAGAUACGUACUGAAACUGAGAGUUCUGGAAAACAUGACCUGUCUCAUAGUAAAGAUGGGUUUAUAGAAAGCCAGUCACUGGGCUGUUUAAAUACCCAGUCGCCAGGCCACGCAGCAGGGGCGUAUUUAACAGAUUCUCACACUGUACCGAAGCCCGGAAACCGCAAUCCCUGUGGUUCAUCUGUUGCUACCGGUGACGAGAGUGUUACCGAAAAUCAGAUUGACCCUGGACUUGAGUCUCGUUGUGUUGAGCAGAUGACAGGACUAGAGCUCAUUAAGAAUAUCGCCUCUAACGAUGUUGGAGAAACCACAGACGAUGCUUGGAGUAAGGGCAGUGCUUUCAGGAGCUGUAGUAAUGGAAAUCUGCAACCUGUGAAGAUACUGUGUCCUGUAGUUACUGAGGAGAGGUCCGAGGUGGCCGGGGUCUCUAGGAGCCCUGAUGCAGACAGGAAAGUGACCAACGUGAUCAUUGAGAAAUCAGGAUUCAUUACCGCGUAUGAUCUUCUUAGUAACAAGGUGGUCAAGAAACCAAUGUCUGCCGUGGAUAUUUUCACUCAGGAACAACGGACUAAGUGUCUGAAUGACAGUCAGAAGGAUGGGUUCGAUGUUUCGUCAACUAUUGCAGAGCUUUGGGAAAAACUAAGCGAGGAUGAAAAACUCGGGUAUGAGGAGAAGGCGGCUAAAGACUUACACCGCUACAAGUUACAGACUGACAAAGCAACGGGAAAGACUGUUCCGAAGCCGAAAGAGCCGGGGAAAAGGGCGAAGCUGGCGGCGGGACAGAGUCCUGCUCACAAAAACAAACUGAAGACCCCUCUCUGUAAUCAGCAAAUACUGGAUACGUUGUUUCAUUCUCAGGUUGAGAAGAAGUCUUCGGCAAUUGCCGUGAAAACUGUCCAAAUAGAUUUUAACCUGAGCAGCAUAAAGCGGCGUCUGUGCAAUGUGCCGGCGAGAGAUCUGCCCGAUUCCGGGGAGAUCACCUUCGUGGGGAAGGUGAACUUUCCCGAUGCCUGGUUAGCGUCUCAGAAGAACAUAAGGUUGUGGAAUCCGUAUAGAGUGGAAGAGGUCUUGUUGUAUAAGCGCCUGGUGGCCAACCAUAACCUUUCUGCCGAAAAGUUGGAUUCGCCAAUUGUACUGACGGAUAGGUUGUUUGGGGCACCAGAAUAUUUGGCAACCUUAUUACGAAUGCAAAAGGCUGCCCCAAAACCAAACGGGCAGAUUUACUUCUCUGAUCCGAGACUCUGCGCUAAUGGAUUUCAGAUUAAAGUUAUACCAGGAUUGACCUCCGCCGACAUCCGCGUUGAGAUUGAAGGUAUGGCCAGAAGUUUGCCCUUCUACGGAUUGUCCGAUCUAAAAGAAAUCUUGAAGUCGGUGAUGAAUAGAAACGCCAGGCUCUGUGAUUGUAGACCUCUGAAAGUGCUGAAUUACCUGGAGGGCGAAGCUGUGAGGUUGGCACGGCAACUGCCCCUGAACCUCUCACAGGAUGACGUGAGGGACACCAUGACCCGGAUGCAGAAACAGCUGGCCAGUGACUGUAGUGGCUGUCUGCAUGGUCGGCCAUUUUUCCAUCACCUCACAGACAUCCCUGAAGCAUGUGACUAGAUGAAUAUCUGGCUUUAUGUUAUUAAUGAAUUCCUCAGAAUAAAGGUUUAACAACUAGAGAAUGAGCGUGUAAAAUUGUACAUAAAUAUGGAAGGAACUUUAUUUUCUAUGAGAGAGAAAAUCGCGAGAAUCCAGUCUACAUAAAGGCAGCAGUGUGAGGAAACAGUCGUUUCCCUUUCAUUCAGUUUCAUUGUUUUGUACUGCGGUGCUGCAUCUGUAUAAGCCACCUUAAAUAAAAGAAACCUUUUCCAGUUUUA